AUGAGCACCAGUGACUGCAUUUCUCAACUGGCCAAUGAGAUAGCAAAAACUGUUAUCAACACAUACAAGAAGUUGCCGAAGAAGGGAAAGCCGCAGUCAAACAGAGAGUGGACGUUAUUGUCAGGUGUUGUGAUGAGCGUUAAAGAAAAAUCUGGAAUUAAGCUGCAGACAGUGUCACUAGGUACUGGCUCUAAAUGUAUUGGGAAGUCCAAAAUGAGUCCCAAGGGUGAUGUUCUCAAUGACAGCCAUGCUGAGGUGUUAGCUAGAAGAGCAUUUCUCAGGUUCCUGUACACGGAGCUGGGAAAAGCAUACCAGGCAACAAGUGAGGUUUUUCUCCCUCCUUCGGCAGAGCUUGGGAACCGCUGCUUGCUGCGGCCAGAUGUCGCCUUCCACUUCUUCACUAGCCACACACCUUGUGGAGAUGCUUCCAUUUUCCCUAAACAACAUGAAUGUGGCCGUAAGAAAGAUUCACAGCAAGAUGGCCCCCACCACUCUUUUGAGAAUAUUCAUGUGAUUGGAUCUGAACAACAUACAAACAAAUCAUCUUCUUUUAGCAGACGCAAGACUGGGGAUAAUUCAGCACAGUUUGUGACAUUGCAAGACUGUCACAACUUGACAGGAGCUGUUGAUUUGAUUUUACAGGACAUUCCUGAAUGUAAAGAUCUGUCUUUAGAUUCUGAACAUCUUCAUUGUAGAGAAACAAACAGUGAGAUGCAUUCACUUAAUACUAUGGAUUCUAACAAUUUCCGAAAUCACACUGAUGAAAACAAAAAGUUACUUGCACACAGUACCGCAGAUGUUGGGAGUGCUUCCAACAACAGUGCCUUGGAUGCUGGGAGUUUUUCCAGCAACAGUACCGUAGAUGCUGGGAGUUCUUCCAUCACAGAGCUAGCAGGCAUCAGGCAUAAUGCACCCACAGAGGAUUCUACCAUCUCUUCUGUGCCUGUGACAGUGUCUCGGAAAAGAACUUUUGAACACAACAAAUCAUACACAUUAGAAGACGGCUAUGAUAAUAUUGCUGUCCACGAUGUUUACAGGACCGGAGCAAAGUGUGUGCCCGGUGACGUUCAAGACCCUCUGGCUCCAGCGUCCCGGUAUCACACAGUGGGACUACUGAGGACCAAGCCUGGCCGGGGAGAAAGGACUGAGAGCAUGUCGUGUAGUGACAAGAUAGCCAGGUGGAAUGUGCUUGGAUGCCAGGGGGCGCUGUUGUCACAUUUUAUGGCAAAACCUUUAUACUUUUCCAUCAUUGUUGUUGGCAAGUGUCCUUACAGUGUUGAAGCAUUGCGACGUGCUGUGAUAUCUAGAGUUAUCCCCCUGACUCCAGCAUUAUCUCCCCCUUUUCACGUCAAUGAGCCAGUGUUGGUACAGUCUGGAGACCAUGAAUUUGAAGCCAGUCGUGACCUGGUCGAGCAGACCAGACUUGAGGCAGCACAGACACCAGGUAUCAGCAAGGUUGUACCUUCAGCUUCAGCAAUCUCAUGGUACUUGUCUUCCGAAACUGACUCUGCCAACCACGAUGUCACUGUAAAUGGCCGCAGACAAGGCAUCACAAAGAGUGAUAUUCACAAACCUCAAGCUAGAAGUUCUGUCUGCAGUCUAUCCUUGUUUCAAUGCUUCCAUGCUCUACUGCAAGGAAUAGAAACAGUUUCAAGACCCGCUACUCUCAGAAGUGAGGAGCUGAAGACCUUGACCUACAGUGAAACAAAAUUGUUGUCAAAUGAAUAUCAGACAACAUGGGCAGAAUUAAGAAACUCUGUUUUCAGAACAUGGAUUGUAAAGCAAAGAGAUUUAUUGCAGUUUUAUGUAAAUGAAUAA